AUGCUCCGCCUUCUCGCUCUCGCGUGCCUCUCCUCGCUCGCGGCCGCGCUGACGCCCGCAUCGGCGCCGAGGGCGCCGAUCAGCCGCUCCCCACGCACGGCCGCGCCCGUGGCGCAGCAGUGGGCCACCGACCAGGGCUACCAGCAGCAGGGCUACCCGCAGCAGCAGGGCGGCUACCCGGACCAGCAGGGGUACCAGGAGCAAGGGUACCAGCAGCAGGGCCAGGGCUACGCGGCCGCCCCCGCCCCCUUCGACAACCAGCCGCAGGGCCUGCCCUUUGGCUGGGUGUGCAACGCCGCGGGCACCUGCUUUGUCGUCCGGCCGGGCGAGGACCACAUCAUCGGCCGCAACGACCUCCCUGUGCCGAAGAACACGAUCUCGCGCUCGCAGUGCCAGAUCCAGGUCUCGGCCGACGGCACCGCAAAGGUGAUGUCGUGUGGCAAGCCGGAGACGGGCUACGCGUCGGGCGGCCGGCCGUGGGAGUUUCUGCGCUGCUACGAGUCGCGGCAGCUGCAGAACGGCGACCUGAUCAGCCUCGACAAGAACGACUUGGAGAGCGCGAUGUUCACGUGCUACGUCUCUUAG